GUCACAGAAAAUCUCACAAGUCAGUCAGGUGGGAGGUUUAAGACUACGCAGAGGUGAAGAGUAAUCUUUAUAUGCCCCUGCCAUAUAAUUUGCCAUACAGUAUGUUGCUUUUCUUACCUCAAAAGACAAAAAAAAAAGACCUGUGCACACUUUAUCUCAUAUAACGACAGUGAAAUGUGACCAGCAUUAAGCUUUUGACAAAAAAACAAACCAUAUCACAUUACGUCCUAUAUGACAUGUUGCAUAUUCCAAGUGUUACAGUACAGAGGUGAGUAAAUAAUCACUUAUUUAUUUAUUUUUAAAUUUUAUUUCUGCAUUGCAUUGGAUAUCAUACUGCUCAUACUGUUUUUGAAAGGAAAACUUGACAAUUUGCUUAAUUUGGGGGGGUGUAUACUUUCCUGUGUAUACUUUUUAUAUGUGACGUGAGCAUAUGAGUCAGGAAGUAUAUAGACCCUGAUGGUGGUCGAAAUCUAUUCAUAUUCAGUUUCUGUAUCAGCAUUCAUUCAUCAUGCUGCUCCAUGUCCUCCUGCUGUCCGUCUUUUCUCUGUCUGGAGGGAUGGAGAGUGGUAUUGUUGGAGGCAGAGUGGUUAAACUUCAUUCCAGACCAUACAUGGCAUCUUUGCAGUUACAAAGACAGCAUAGUUGUGGAGGGAUGCUGAUAAAGAAGGAUUACGUGUUGACUUCGGCCCAUUGUUGGAAUGAUAACAUCCCUUUAGAAGUUGUUCUGGGGGCUCACAAUAUCAGCCAGAGAGAGCAGAGUCAGCAGAUAAUCCAAGUCCAGAAACACAUCAAACAUCCUAGUUAUCGGAUAAAAAGCCAUAACUUUGACAUCAUGUUACUAAAGCUGAAGACCAAAGCUGUGCUAAAUCAUUUUGUGGAUAUUAUAAAUCUUCCCAAACAUGAACUGAGUAUUCUUGCUCCUGUGGAAUGCUCCAUUGCUGGUUGGGGAAAGCAAAGACCUGGAGAAGAAGCACCAUCACAUGUUCUUCGAGAAGUCAACCUCCAACUGGAGUCAAAUUCUGAUUGUAAAAGUAAAUGGCAGGAGCAUUUCAACUCCAAGAACAUGGUCUGUACUGUCUCAGAUGGGAAAAAGGCUUUCUGUCAGGGUGACUCUGGCAGUCCUCUUAUUUGUAAUUCUGAACUUUAUGGAAUGGCUGCAUACACACACCGUGAUGGCUGCACAUUCAAGUACCCUGAAGUGUACAUGAAAAUAUCUGCCUUCCUACCGUGGAUUAAAAAGAACAUUCAGUGAUUAAAAUGCUGUUGUACUGUAGCUUAUAUGAAGAACAUGUAUGCACUUAAAUGAGCUCUAAUUUGUACUAUUGUGAACCCUGAAAAAAUGCUUUGGCUGUACAUUUACUUUUCUCAAAAUUAAUGUUAAUA